CCACUCAAAGCACCCAGGGAAGGAGCUCCCUGCAAUGUCCCCAGGCCCCAGCUGCAGGACAGGUAUCACUUGGGAUGUGACACCCUGGAGUGGCCUUGUCCACCGGGAAGGGCGUUCCAAUUGCAGCUGCAACCCAACCCCAACAACAGCAUCAGGUUUCAGCCGGCUGUGCUGGGAGGAGGAGCGGGGCCACAGCCCUGCCACUGUCCCCAGGGCCACCACCCCCAGCCAAAGCCAUGCUGUCCCUGCUGCCGGUGCAGAAGCUGCUGCGGCAGCUACCGGCGGGGCCAGCCGGGCGGCCGAAAAAAACGGCGGGUGGUGACACAGCCGAGGAGGUGACAAGCCCGGUGCUGGCCACUGAGGCUGGACAACCCACCUGCUACAGUGCCCUGCGAGCUGAGGAGCUGCGGCCGCUCGCCACCACCAAGCCCAUGGUGGCCACCGGCACCGGGCCACCACCGCGGCAUGAUGACCUCAAGGAGAUGCUCGAUAGCAACAAGGAUUCGCUGAAGCUGGAGGCUAUGAAGAGGAUCGUGGCGAUGAUCGCCCGGGGUAAAAACGCCUCUGACCUCUUCCCAGCCGUGGUGAAAAAUGUUGCCUGCAAGAACAUCGAGGUGAAGAAGCUGGUGUAUGUCUACCUGGUGCGCUACGCAGAGGAGCAGCAGGACCUAGCCCUGCUCUCCAUCUCCACCUUCCAGCGAGGACUCAAGGACCCCAACCAGCUGAUCCGUGCCAGCGCCCUGCGGGUCCUCUCCAGCAUCCGCGUGCCCAUCAUCGUGCCCAUCAUGAUGUUGGCCAUCAAGGAGGCUGCCUCGGACAUGUCCCCGUAUGUGCGCAAGACAGCCGCUCAUGCCAUCCCCAAGCUGUACAGCCUCGACUCGGACCAGAAGGACCAGCUCAUCGAAGUGAUAGAGAAGCUGCUGGCGGACAAGACCACGCUGGUGGCUGGCAGUGUGGUGAUGGCAUUCGAGGAGGUCUGCCCGGAGCGCAUCGACCUCAUCCACAAGAACUACCGCAAGCUCUGCAACCUGCUCAUUGAUGUGGAGGAGUGGGGGCAGGUGGUCAUCAUCAACAUGCUGACCCGCUACGCACGCACCCAGUUCCUCAGCCCCAACCAGAAUGAGUCCUUACUGGAGGAAAGUGCUGAGAAGGCUUUCUACGGCUCCGAGGAUGAGGACGCCAAGGAUGCCAAGGCAGAGGCAGCCUCACUGGCCAAGCGCAAGCCCUAUGUCAUGGACCCCGACCAUCGCCUGCUCCUGCGCAACACCAAGCCCCUGCUGCAGAGCCGCAAUGCCGCGGUGGUGAUGGCCGUGGCGCAACUUUACUUCCACUUGGCACCCAAGGCGGAGGUUGGUGUCAUUGCCAAGGCGCUGGUGCGGCUCCUGCGGAGUCACAGUGAGGUGCAGUAUGUUGUGCUGCAGAAUGUGGCCACCAUGUCCAUCAAACGGCGGGGGAUGUUUGAGCCCUACCUGAAGAGCUUCUACAUCCGCUCCACAGACCCCACGCAGAUCAAGAUCCUCAAGCUGGAGGUCCUCACCAACCUGGCCAAUGAGACCAACAUCUCCACCAUCCUGCGGGAGUUUCAGACCUACAUCCGCAGCAUGGACAAGGACUUUGUGGCAGCCACCAUCCAAGCCAUUGGGCGCUGUGCCACCAACAUCGGAAAGGUGCGGGACACCUGCCUCAAUGGCCUGGUCCAGCUCCUCUCCAACCGGGACGAGCUGGUAGUGGCCGAAUCCGUGGUGGUCAUCAAAAAGCUGCUGCAGAUGCAGCCGGCCCAGCACAGUGAGAUCAUCAAGCACAUGGCCAAGCUCACCGACAACAUCCAGGUGCCGAUGGCACGGGCCAGCAUCUUGUGGCUCAUCGGUGAGUACUGUGAGCAUGUGCCCAAGAUCGCGCCUGAUGUGCUGCGCAAGAUGGCCAAGUCCUUUACCAACGAGGAGGACAUCGUCAAGUUGCAGGUCAUCAAUCUGGCAGCUAAGCUCUACCUGACCAACUCCAAGCAGAGCAAGCUGCUGACCCAGUACGUCCUCAACUUGGCCAAGUAUGACCAGAAUUACGACAUCCGUGACCGGGCUCGCUUCAUCCGCCAGCUUAUCGUGCCCACUGAGAAGAGCGGGGCCCUCAACAAGUAUGCCAAGAAGCUCUUCCUGGCCCAAAAACCUGCUCCCAUCUUGGAGUCCUCCUUCAAAGAUCGGGACCAUUUCCAGCUGGGCUCCUUGUCCCACCUGCUCAACACCAAGGCUGUGGGCUACCAGGAGCUGCCAGACUGGCCAGAUGAAGCCCCUGACCCCUCUGUGAGGAACGUGGAGGUUCCUGAGUGGACCAAGUGCACCAGCCGGGAGAAGAGGAAGGAGAAGGUGGAGAAACCUUUCUACUCCGACUCGGAGGGCGAGUCAGGGCCCACGGAGUCAGCGGACAGUGAGCCCGAGUCUGUCAGUGAGGAGAGCGGCAGCAGCAGCAGCUCCAGCAGCUCCAGCUCUGGCAGCGAGGAGGAGGAUGAAGAUGAGGAGGAAGGCAGCGGGGAGCAGUCAGAGGACAAGGAGGAGGAAGAGGAGAAGAGGCUGAAGAGGAAGGAGAAGGAAGGCUCCCAGAAGGCAGCCUCAGGGAGCACGGGCAGCCUCAGUGAGGAAGAGGAGGAGGAGGAGGGGGCAAAGAAGGCCAAGAAGAAGAAGGCUCCGCAGGGGAGGAAGGGCCAUGCUGAGACCUCGUCAGAAGAGGCCAGUGCCUCUGAGAGCAGCUCCUCAGGCUCCGACUAUGGGUCUGAGACAGAGGCCAAGCAGAGGAAGGCGCCCACCAGGGCUGGCCCCAAGGAGAUCUCCCUGCUCGACCUGGAUGACUUCACCCCGCCUCCUCCCCAGCCCAUCCCCUCCAGCAGCAUCGUCUCCACCAGCCUGGUGACUGACCUGGAGGGCCUCACGCUCACCGAUACCUCCCUGGCACCCGCCCUGCUGAGCCCAGCGUUUGGUGCGGUGAGGACCUACGAGCUGCUGCACCGCAUGGCGGGUGAGGGGCUCUCGGUCGAGUACUGCUUCAGCCGCCGACCCUUCCCGGGGGACCCCCACAUGGUGGCCGUCCAGAUCCAGAUCUCCAACAACACUGAUGCUGAGGUGAAGAGCCUGCGGGUCAGCGAGCCCAAGCCGCUCUCCGGCAUGCGGAUCCAGGAGUUCCCUGAGAUUGAGCGUCUGGCACCUGGGGACACGGUCAGCGUGGUGAUGGGCAUCGACUUUUGUGACUCCACCCAGGCAGCCAACUUCCAGCUGUGCACCCACACCCGCCACUUCUACGUCUCCAUCCAGCCACCCGUGGGGGAGCUCAUGGCCCCUGUCUUCAUGAGCGAGAACGAGUUCAAGAAGGAGCAGGAGCACCUCGCGCGGCUGGGCGAGGGGAAGCUGAUGGGCAUGAGCGAGAUCACGGAGAAGGUGACACUGCCUGAGAAAUGCCGGAGCGACCACGCCAUCGUCCAGCAAGUGACCUCGGCUGCCAAUGUGGGCCGUGUGCCCUGUGGUGCCGACAACGAGUACAGGUUCGCAGCCAAGACAGUGACAAGCGGGAGCCUGGUGCUCAUCACCCUGGAGCGCCGGGAGGGUGCUGCGGCCCAGCUGAUCGUCAACAGCGAGAAGAUGGUUAUUGGCACCAUGCUGGUGAAGGACAUCGUCCAGGCCCUGGCGCAGUGACAGCUGGGUCCCACCACACCCGCAGACCCGCCCUCACACUCCACUCCCCAAAACGCUCUCUGCCCCGAUUUCUGCUGGGUUAUUCCCUGCCCCAAUCCCCAGACGGGCAGCAGGCAGCGACCCCUGGGCCAGCUUCACCACUGGGAGGAAAGGGCGGGACAGGGUGGAUGGGCUGCAGGGCGACGUCACGCUCAGAGGGGCGCCAGGGGCUCCAGCGCCCUGAGGAACACAGCGUGCCUCCAGCCCUUCGCCACUGUCACCUAGUGUAACCCCUAUUUAUUAUGUCCAGGAUCUCCCAAUAAAGCUCUUCCUGAACCUGCA